AUGGAUUAUUAUGGAGGAAAGAUUGGUGGAAGUGAUCAAAGAGGUAGUGGUGGGGGUGGGCCAUGUGGUGCUUGCAAGUUUUUAAGAAGAAAGUGUGUAAAAGGUUGCAUAUUUGCACCCUAUUUUGAUUCUGACCAAGGAACGGUUCAUUUUGCAGCGGUUCAUAAGGUGUUUGGCGCUAGUAAUGCCUCUAAGUUACUCAUGCGUAUUCCGGUUCAUAAACGUCUUGAUGCUGUUGUUACUCUUUGUUAUGAAGCUAUUGCUAGGGCUAGAGACCCUGUUUAUGGUUGUGUUGCUCAUAUCUUUGCACUUCAACAACAGGUCAUGAGUUUGCAGACAGAGUUAACCUAUGUUCAAGGAACUCUUGCGACGAUGCAGCGCGUCCCGGUCUUGAUAUCUCCAUCUCUUCCGACUCCGCAAAACUCUUCGCCAACUCUACAUUCUUCCUCGGAUCGCCUAGGAACAAAUGGAGACAUGUUGAGUGCCUCUAAUUACAUGUCCAUGCACAUUGAUCCUCAUCAAUUGGACUUGAGUAACUUCUUCAAUCAAUCAGAUCAACAACAACUUGAGGAUGAUGAACUCCAAGCUUUGGCUAGAGAAUUUGUCUCUAGGUACUUGCCUGGAGUAAGAUUUCAGCCUUCUAAUUCUAACUAA